AUGAUCUCAGAUAUGAAUCGAUGCUUAAAUCAAGGAAGGUUAUAUUUUUUUUUAGGAUUGGUUGAACAAUUGGAUAAUCCUAACUAUUAUUAUGUUAAAAAACAACAUGAAUUAAAAACUAUUAGUUUAUAUUGUAAUGAGGAAUUAAUAGAAUUAGAGAAGAAAAAUAUUACUUAUCUUCAACCAAUGAUAAAGCUACUAUCUGAUAACUAUCAAAAAAAUAACAUAAUUUAUCUUGGGUCUACAGAAGAAGCAUAUCAAGAAAUAGUUCACCUUUAUAAUAUUAAUAAUGUACAAAUAUUUUAUCCUUCAAAAAAAUACUCAAACAUUUGCACUGAUCCUUUUCAACCAUUGGAAUUAAACAAAAAGCAAUUAAUAAACAAUGGAUCUCCUCAGAAACCAUCAGCAAAACCAU